GAUACUCGAUCAAUUUUGAAUACUCUUAUCAUUCAUCAAAAACAGUAUUUUUUGUUGUGUUUGUGAAUUGCUUGUAAAUUGUUGAAAUUUCAGUGAAACACACUUGUUUGAUGAAAUGCCUUUGGAGACUCUUGAACUUGUUUUCUGAAACCUACGGAAUUUAAGUCUAAUGUUGGUCUUUGGAAGUUGGAUUUCAGUGAGAGAGCUUGAAUCAGGAGGGAGUUGAAUAGUUUUGUUCAAGACACACGUCAUUUGGGGUGUUGAUGCAAUGCCAGCAGCGAGGGGUUUGUAUAAGUCUUCGUGGGGUUGCACAUUCUUGCUGCAUAAACUUGUUCCUGUAAUGCUCUCAAGCAUUGGAGCUGAUACAUUCAAGAGGUUUUCUUCUAGUGAUUGCGUGGCCGCAGCUAGUACAAGUCAUGAGGAGAUAAGAGAAGCAUACUUGUGGAGUAAACAAACAAGGAAUGUGUCUCAGGGAAACACUGUUAAUGGGGCACUUGCAAGCCGGGGUUGGAAUUAUCAGGCACUUGGUAAUGCUCAUGAUGCUUGGUGUUUGGUAAAUCGUCAUUAUAGCACCCAUUGCAAUGAUAAGUGUACAGGGGAGUUUUCUAAUAAGUUUCUUAGAAGUAUUCCAGGCUAUGUGAAGAUAGUGGAAGUUGGUCCAAGGGAUGGAUUGCAAAACGAGAAGCAAAUUGUGCCUACUUCUGUGAAGGUCGAGUUGAUAAAAAUGCUAGUUUCUUCAGGGUUGCCUGUUGUUGAGGCCACGAGUUUUGUUUCACCGAAAUGGGUACCACAGCUAGCAGAUGCCAAGGAUGUGAUGGAAGCAAUUCGUCAUGUUGAGAGUGCUAGAUUUCCUGUCUUAACUCCUAAUCUCAAAGGUUUUGAAGCAGCUGUUGCUGCUGGAGCCAAGGAAGUGGCCAUCUUUGCCUCGGCAUCUGAGUCUUUUUCAAAAUCAAAUAUUAACUGCACUAUAGAAGAUAGUCUCAUUCGUUACCGCGAUGUUGUUCUUGCUGCUAGCAAACUCUCGAUUCCUGUUCGUGGAUAUAUAUCAUGUGUUGUGGGAUGUCCUGUGGAAGGAGCGGUACCUCCAACUAAAGUAGCAUAUGUGGCUAGAGAGCUUUAUGAUAUGGGUUGCUCUGAAAUUUCCCUGGGUGAUACAAUUGGUGUUGGUACCCUUGGUACUGUCAUUCCAAUGCUUGAAGCUGUUAUGGGUGUUGUCUGUGUUGAUAAGCUUGCUGUCCACUUUCAUGACACUUAUGGCCAAGCUCUGUCAAAUAUUCUGGCAUCACUCCAGAUGGGGAUCAGCACAGCAGAUUCAUCGGUUUCUGGUCUUGGGGGUUGCCCUUAUGCCGUGGGUGCGUCUGGAAAUGUUGCAACUGAGGAUGUUGUUUACAUGCUAAAUGGAUUGGGUGUGAGGACGAAUGUGGAUCUUGGGAAGCUGAUGUUGGCUGGGGAUUUUAUCUCAAAGAAUCUGGGACGCCCAUCUGGUUCAAAGACCGCGGUUGCAUUGAGUAAACUCACAGCUCAUGCCUCCAAGCUAUGAGCUACUUGCUCUACAUCAUCUUACACUUACAUCUCUCAUUUUGUGAGCAAGAAAUGCUAUUUUUUUCAUUUCUCAUUCAUCUUCAUCUAUAUAUAUAUAUAUAUAUAUAUUUUAAAUUCGCCGUUAAAUUUGUAGGAUCAAAUGGUGAAUUUAAAAAAGAGAUGGAGGAAUAACAUGUCUCUUUGUAAGCUACUUUUCUCUCUGCACAUGCAUCCUACUGUGGGGAUGUUAAUAAGCUCAUUGUAUGGGCACUUUGGUUCCCUGGUGCACACUUGUAAUAACUUCAAACGAGAAAAACAAAAAGAAAGAAAAGUAAAAAGAAGCCAAAUCGGAGGAAGUGCAUAUUCAAGCUUAAGCUACUCUUGACACCA